UUCUCGGAUGUCGGAUCUCGGGUUUCUCAGCUAUUUUCAUUUUCAAAAGGUUUAAUAUUAUUGAUGUCCUGUUGUUCAUGAUUUGUUGUUUUGUAAUACUUUGCCAAAACGGUCCAGAGGUGAAAUCAUGAAUCUGAACAAAAUCUGCCGAAUGUGCUUGUCGGAAAAGACGCGCGUCAAGUCUAUCUUUAAAAAUUAUAAACGGGAGCGUUUGCUUACCAUCAUUACUAAAGUUGUUCAACUGGAGGUGAACGAAAACGAUGGUCUUCCGGAGAAUAUUUGCAAACCUUGUGCUAGCACGCUUAUACGAAUUCAGGAUAAUAUUCAAGAGUUCCGUUGUAAUGAACGUAAACUUCGGGAGGAAGUUGAAAAACUACGGCACAAAACGACGCCUCUUGAGCCUAUUGAAAAUGAACUUACAUCAAACAAACAACCAGUGCAGAAUGAAUGGCCGGAAUGCAAUACAACAGCAGAUAACUUAGAAGUAUUUCUAAAAAUGGAACUUGCGGAACCUGUCAUCUCAAAAACCACAGAGCACUGUUUCAGUGAAAAGUUGCAAUUGAGUCAUUUAGCUGACACGGCAGGUAAUCUACUGCUAGAGGAAAAUGUGUCAACAAUUGCAAAGAUUUCUAAUACAGAUGAAACAAACUCAUUGCCGGAUAACAGCCAAAGUAAUUCAGAAUAUGAACUUGAACGUCGAUCGGUGAAGCGGGAACUUCCAAAAAUAUCCUCGGUCACGCGAAAAAGAAACAUGGUCCGUAAUUUGGAAGAGCUAAAAGUCAAACGCAAACGUCGACGGAUAUCCGUGCAUGAUGAUGAAUCACGACCUAAGGUUAACGAUCACAAGUGCUAUAUCUGUCGAAGUGAAUCCCUGGGAUCGGCUAAAGCUUUAUUGGAACAUUUAACUGUUCAUUUGGAUCGAACACCUUAUAGCUGUACUGAAUGCAAAAUGGAAACAAUCGUAUUGAAAAGUGUUCGUUCACUGAAUGUACACCUAAAAAUGCAUGCUCAACCAAUGAAGUGCGAGUACUGUGACCGCCGGUAUUGUGACGAGCGAGCACGUGAUUAUCACGUUAAAACUUUCCAUUUGGGAGAAAGCGCGCCAUGUCCGUCCGCAUGUGAACAAUGUGGAAAAGUAUGCAAAUCAAUAUCGGCGCUAAAAAGCCACAUGCGCGAUCAUCGACUCAGUCUAAAAUGUGAAUACUGUGAAAAAAUUUUCCACCGGCGUAAUAAACUAAAAGAACAUAUUACCCGAGUGCAUGAAAAGGCAGAAAAAUACGAGUGCAAUCUUUGCCAUCGCGUGGUACAUUCACUGGAAAGCUACAACUCACACCUGAAAAUGCAUAUGAGCGAGAAGACUUACGAAUGCGAUCUUUGUCCGAUGAAAUUUUAUACAGCAGGCAAUCUGGGUCUUCAUAAGAGAAUUCAUUCUGGUAAUGCUAACUACAAACCGCACAAAGACUGGAGCGGUCAUUAUACUGUUUACCACGAACCAAAUCAAGACAAGAUCUAUACUUGCAAACUUUGUGGUAAAACCUACACCAAGACAGUUAUGAAGAUAAAUAACCAUUUGAAAAACCAUUUCAAAGAAAUCAAAUGUGAUCGGUGCGACCUAAAAUUUGUUAACGAUUCUCAACUUAAAACUCACUAUGUUGUUCACACUGGCAUCAGACAAUAUAAAUGUGAAUUCUGCGGCAAAGAUUUUCUGCAUAAAAACAACCUUACGCAGCAUUUGAAACUACAUAGGAACGAACAAAAUUUUGCGUGCGAAUUCUGCGGUAAGCUAUUUACGUACAAAGAAGGCAUGAAGGCCCACAUACGAAAUCAUCAUUUGCGAGAAAGCCCUUAUGAAUGUGUCAUAUGUAGAAAAAAAUUUGUAGAUAAUGCAUCGCUCACUAGGCAUACGAUCGCUGAACAUGAAGAACCACCAAAGCAAGUCGAUUUGGGCCCUCCCCCCUUGAUGGGACUAGCACCACCAUCUGGACAACUACCCAGGUUUGAUCAAAUCACGUUAACGUUGGCAUCGGAAUUACAUCCGCUGAUUUGAAAAUAACUAAAAUCAUAGCAGGUAAUAAAUUGCAGUU